GCAGCUCGAUCUUUGAAAGAGUUGCUUGAGGGAUCGCGCGCCUCUCCGGAGCGUUCUCCGGAGCCACAAGAGCAGCCCCAGAAGGUCGAGCCGAAGACAGAACCGACUGCCGCGGCUUCUGCUUCACAGCAGCCAUCGGGCAGCAGCAGCACGCCUUCUGCCCCUGCCGCAUCGCAGCCCGCGAAGCAGUGCGAGCCACCGCCAUGGCUACCAGAGUGUCUCGAUGCCUCGGAUGUUCGCAAGACGUCGAAGGGAUUCAUCCUUCGUGGCCCAGCUCUGUACGCCUGA